CCUUAUUUUACUUUUUUUUUUCCUCCUUUAUACUUUAAAAGAUGCUACUUAAUAAAAUCUUGCUUAAUACUAGCUUAUUGAAAAGAAAUCAUGUUCGAUUUAUAUCAUCAGGUAAAUAAAAUAAAAAAUAUACACGCAUAUCAUCCAUUUUAAUCAUACUUGAUAUUUAUAGUAAAGGAAAGGAAAUCUUCUAUUGGUAUCAUUGGUCUAGGUCAAAUGGGUUAUGGUAUGGCUAAAAAUCUUGCUUUAAAACAUACUCAAGGCCCUAUCUAUAUUCAUGAUCUAAAUCCCGAUGCUGUAUCACGUAUUCAACACGAAUUUCCUACUCUUCAUUUUAAAUCACUACAAAGACCUUCAGAUGUUGCAGAAUGUGCUGCUACCGUGGUUACUAUGUUGCCUGAGGCCUCUCAUGUGUCAUCUAUCUAUCAUGAUACAUCCUUUUUAUCCGCUAUAGAUGCUGACACGCGUCUUAUUGAUGCUAGUACGAUCGAUGCUGAAACAGCUCGUGAUCUCUCUUCAACAAUCAUGUCUCGUUAUCCAGGUGCUCUUGUCUUUGAUACCCCCGUCAGUGGAGGUAUCCUGGGUGCUCAAAAUGGGACCCUUACCUUUAUGGUUGGCUCACCCUCUCAGACUGCCUUUGAGACCAUUCAGCCUCUAUUAGCCAUGAUGGGGACCAAGGUCAUCUAUUGUGGUCCUAAUGGGUCAGGUCAAAUUGCUAAAGUAUGUAAUAAUAUGUUAUUGGCUGUAGAAAUGGUGGGGGUCUCGGAGGCGAUGCGAUUAGGAACUCAAUUAGGGAUGGACCCUCAUCUGUUGGCCUCUGUCAUCAAUAAUUCUACGGGUCGUUGUUGGACUUCGGAUAGCUAUAACCCUUAUCCAGGUGUCUUAUCGAACGUACCUGCCUCUCGUGAUUAUCAAGGUGGUUUCAGUAAUCGAUUAAUGGCAAAGGAUCUUAGAUUGGCCAUGAAAGCAGCUGAUUCCUGUCAUCAACGUCCUAUCUUGAGUACAAAGGCAAGUGAAAUCUAUCAAUCUUUAGCAUCAAAAAAGGAUUUCGAAAAUUUAGAUUUUUCAAGUGUAUUAAAGGUAAAUAUAUAGAUAUAAAAGGCGCUUGUGUCUGUCUUCCAUGGAAUUAGAUUAGUUAUUUAUUUAAUUUCCUCUAUCAUAUUCUUUUUAUUUAGUGGAUUUCUUCUUCAAAAUAAA